CCGGACCAUAUUUUCCUGGCUUGUUUGAAGCAGCGCGUCUGCUGCUUGAUGAGCAUUUGGUUUGGUGACUUGUCAACAGAAACAUGGCUGCCUCUGCGUCCGUGAAAGCAUACCGAAACGAUAACGCUUCCACGGGCAGUCAAAAAUGCACAGAAGAGCCCCCUGCACCGACGCGGGAGAUUAUCAAACCGUCUAUCAUGGAGCUCACCAAAGAAGUGCGGACCAAUAUCCUAUGCACCGUAGAAGGAUGUGGCAAGAUUCUACCGAACACGCCAGCCCUUAACAUGCAUCUCGUGAAGUCCCACGGAGUAAAGGACGGCCUUGUCAACCCCACCAUCAGGAAGGACAUGAAGGGCUCCCAGAAGCUCUACUGUUGUCCCAUAGAGGGCUGUCCACGUGGCCCCAACAGACCCUUCUCCCAGUUUUCCCUGGUUAAGCAGCACUUUAUGAAGAUGCAUGCAGAGAAGAAGCACAAGUGUUCCAAGUGCAACAACGGCUACAGCACAGAGUGGGACCUGAGGCGCCACAUAGAGGACUGUGGGAGGACCUACCGCUGCACGUGUGGCUGCCCCUACGCCAGCAGAGCAGCGCUACUGUCACAUAUCUACAGGACCGGCCACGAGGUCCCCACAGAACACAGGUAUCCACCUGUGAAAAAGCGGAAGAUGGAGAGACAGAUAAGUGGAGAGGAAAAAGUCAAGCCCAGUGAAUUCAUGUGUCAGAUCAUAAAAACAGACAGAGAACUCUCAGAGGACUCCCUCCCUUCAGACAGGGUCUGCCACAACAACCCCACUAAACACCUCCAGAAACUCCUCCUACCCAAGCCCAAAGUGGCUCUGGUGAAUUUCCCUGUGAUGCAGCUGGCCCAUCUCCCUGUCCUCCUCCCCUCCACAGAGAACGGGGUUCUGAGGUCUGUGGUGCUGGCUGUGGACAGGCAGGGCUCCUUCAGCACCCUCCACCUCAUGCCACAGUCCAUGGUGCCUCACCUAGACCCUAAGACCCUGGGCUUCAGGGGCAGCAUGCCUGCCUCCCGCUCCAGUCUGGGGCCUGUCAGCAUGGGGGUGCAGGUAAGUCUGGAGUCAUUGGGCUCUGGCGAUGACCUAGGAGGGACCAGGGGGAGCAAUGCCUCCACCAACAUCCAGACAGACAUCUCAUACUUGUCCAGAAUGCCUAUGGGGGUCGGGGUGGGGACUGAGCUGUGCCCCGUUGGUGAGUCGUCGGUCUCCUCGUGUUCUCAGACGGAUAUUAGUGUGAGUGCUCAGGUCCUGCUGCCAGUCAGUGUAGAGACCCAGACGUUCCCCUCAAAGGCCAAAGCCACCACCACCAUUGGGGCGCAGACAGAUACCCACACCCUCAACCAGCUGCCCUGCCCCUAUUCCUCCCCAUCCCAGUCCCCCUACAUUACCAAGCAGACCCAGACCAGACUCGCCCUGGCUGGGUCAGAAGAGAGUGCUCAAAUGGACCAGGCCAUCAUGUGCUCAGACCUCUUCGACAGUUACUCCCUCAGUGUCUCAACACAGACGGCACUGACAGACGGAAGCUUCAAAACUCACGGUGUAGACGACCCCCUCUCCGGUGUCGGUAACGGUCUCUAUGACGAAGACAAGUCAGCAGGAGCCAUGUGUUUUGGCGUGCAGACAGACGAUCUCCAGUCGGGCAGCGUGGCGGACAACCAAACCCAGACCACCUUGGCUCUGUUCAACGACUUGGAGAAUAUCUUGUCAGGUCACUCUCUGUCCGGUCACCAGACGCAGAUGGAUUCUUCAACAGGCUGUGGGUCAGGUCUGGGCUCUGUUCAGGAACAGCACACGGGCAUCGACUUUGACUUUGAGGAAUUCCUGAACGCGGCCCACAUCCAGACCCAGACGGAGGAGAGCGAGCUGAGCGGUCUGGGGGCCGACACACCCCUGGAGGUCCUGGAUAUCCAAACCCAGACAGACUUCCUCCUCCUGGAGGGCCUGGGAAACAGUGAGGGGCCAGGCCGGAGCCAGGCUAGUGACCUGGAACUGGAGAUGUUUGACACCCAGACCCAGACUGACCUCAAUUUCCUGCUGAAAGCCGGAGGCCACAUGCCCCUGGGCAACAUUCUGCGACAGUCCAGCUUCUCCAUGAGCACAGAGUCCUCUGACACUGAGACACAGACCGACCUCCGCCGACUGCUGACACCAACACUAAACUCCAACACCCUUCCCUCUAUGUCCCAGGGUGACCAGGCCAGGCUCUUGAGCAGCACGGAGACUCAGACGGUGACGGACGCAUCUUCUGAGGGCCUCGGAAACCUCUUCCUGACCAGCAACGAGACCCAGACAGUCAUGGACGACUUCCUGUCAGCUGACAUGGCCUGGAACAUGGAGUCCCACUUCAGCUCGGUGGAAACGCAGACGUGUGAGGAGUUGUUUGCUCUUUCAGCACUCUGAGAAGCCCAUCAGCUGCCCCCCCCACACACACACACACACACACAGGGCUACCACCUCAGCCCACACAAUGUGUUUCUGGUUUCCGUCAAGGAGGUCCUGGGCUCCAACUCAUCAUCCUCUACAGUCUGUCCCUCUACUACUGGAAGUGAGCCGCCUUAAGAAGUCUUAGGACAUUCUACAGGGAGGGUAGCAUGUCUAGGAUAACAUGUCUGGGCAUCCCCUUCAUGCUAGCUCUAAAGCACUUUAUUAUCAGUUCAUGGAUAUGAUUUCCCAUCCUUGUUUACAUGUUUAUUUGCACAUCUUACUACUUAAAUAUAUAUUUUGUCUGAAAAGCCAGUUUAGUCCGUUUUCAAAGUUUGAACACUGUUUGCUGUAAGAGAGUAUGUAAUGCCUGUUGAGCCUUUCCUUAAUCAUACUGCUGUUGAAUGACUUCCGGCAGUUUUGAUGUGGCACAAACGUAUUAGUGAAAUUCUAAAAUAGUUGCCGCACUCCCAUUGUUGACAUGUGAUUGUGAAGUACAGUCUUGUAGAAUUGCCCCAUUGUUACAGGGCCACCCACCUAUAAGCUGGGUCACCGCGUUAGGAGACUAGCCUGUCAUGGUCUUUGACUUAUUCAUUAGCUGGCUGUAAGUGUAUAGCAGCACAGUGUGCUGAAGUGAUACAACACUGUAGAGAAACACUAUGAGGAUCUAGCUACUCACUAGUCACUGUGACAUGGUGAUUGUGUAUGUCCACCACCACCAUAUACAGUGAUACAACACUGUAGAGAAACACUAUGAGGAUCUAGCUACUCACUAGUCACUGUGACAUGGUGAUUGUGUAUGUCCACCACCACCAUAUACAGUGAUACAACACUGUAGAGAAACACUAUGAGGAUCUAGCUACUCACUAGUCACUGUGACAUGGUGAUUGUGUAUGUCCACCACCACCAUAUACAGUGAUACAACACUGUAGAGAAACACUAUGAGGAUCUAGCUACUCACUAGUCACUGUGACAUGGUGAUUGUGUAUGUCCUCCACCACCAUAUACAGUGAUACAACACUGUAGAGAAACACUAUGAGGAUCUAGCUACUCACUAGUCACUGUGACAUGGUGAUUGUGUAUGUCCACCACCACCAUAUACAGUGAUACAACACUGUAGAGAAACACUAUGAGGAUCUAGCUACUCACUAGUCACUGUGACAUGGUGAUUGUGUAUGUCCACCACCACCAUAUACAGUGAUACAACACUGUAGAGAAACACUAUGAGGAUCUAGCUACUCACUAGUCACUGUGACAUGGUGAUUGUGUAUGUCCACCACCACCAUAUACAGUGAUACAACACUGUAGAGAAACACUAUGAGGAUCUAGCUACUCACUAGUCACUGUGACAUGGUGAUUGUGUAUGUCCACCACCACCAUAUACAGUGAUACAACACUGUAGAGAAACACUAUGAGGAUCUAGCUACUCACUAGUCACUGUGACAUGGUGAUUGUGUAUGUCCACCACCACCAUAUACAGUGCCUUAAAGUAUUCACACCCCUUGAUUUUUUCCCCACAUGUUGUUGUGACAAAGUGGGAUUAAGUGGAACAAAAAAUGGAAAAUAAAACGAAUAUGUCUUCAUUAAAUAAGUAUUCAACCCCCUGAGUAAAUACAUGUUAGAAUCACCUUUCAAUUACAACUGUGAGUCUUUCUGGGUAAGUCUUUAAGAGCUUUCCACACCUGGAUUGUGCAACAUUUGCCCAUGUCUUUUCAGAAUUAUUCAAACUCUGAUGAAUUGGUUGUUGAUCAUUGCUAGACGACCUUUUUGGGGUUUAAGAUUUUCAAGUUGAUUUAAGUCAAAACUGUAACUUGCACAUUCGGGAACAUUCACUGUCUUCUUGGUAAGAAACUCCAGUGUAGAUUUGGCCUUGUGUUGUAGAUUAUUAAUCCCACUGCUGAAAAAUGAAUUCAUCUCCCAGUGUCUGGUGGAAAGCAGACUGGACCAGGUUUUCCUCUAGGAUUUUGCCUGUGCUUAGCUCCAUUACGUUUAUUUUUUUAUCCUGAAAAACUCCCCAGUCCUUAAUGAUUACAAGCAUACCCAUAACAUGAUGCAGCCACCACUAUGCUUGAAAAUAUGAGUGGUACCCCAAACAUAAUACAUUGUAUACAGGGCAAAAGGUGUAUUGCUUUGCCACAUUUUUUGUAUUGUGGAGUAAAUACAAUUGAUCCAUCCUCCAUUUUCUCCUAUCACAGCCAUUAAACUAUUAACUGGUUUAAAAGUCACCAUCGACCUCAUGGUCAAUGGUGUGCGGUUUCCUUCCUCUCCUGCAACUGAGUUAGGAAUACACCAUCCAAAGUGUAAUUAAUAACCUCACCCCAUGCACAAAGGGAUAUUCAAUGUCUGAUUUCUUUAUUUUUAUCCGUCUACCAAUAGAUAUCUUUCUUUGCGAGGCAUUGGAAAACCUCCCUGGUUUUUGUGGUUGAAUCUGUGUUUGAAAUUCACUGCUUGGCUGAGGGACCUUUCCGAUAAUUGUGUGUGUGAAGGGUACAGAGAUUAGAUAUUUCUUAAAUUACUAUGUUAAACACUUAUUGUAUACAGUUUGAGUCCAUGCAACUUGUUAUGCACAUUUUUACUCCUGAAUUUAUUUAGGCCUACUGUAACAAAGGUGUUGAAUACUUACUGACACCAGACAUUUCAUCUUUUCAUUUAGUUUGUACAAUUUCCUAAAACAUAAUUCCACUUUGACAUUAUGGGGUAUUGUGAUAAGGCCAGUGACAAAACAAAUCUUAAUUUAAUCAAGUUUAAAUUCAGGCUGUAACACAAUUUUGGGUGUGGAAAAGGCAAUGGGUGUGAAUACUUUCUGAAGGUACUGUAUAACAACCCCACUAAACGUUACUGAACAUAAACUAUCAACAUUUUCUUGAACUACACUCUAAAGUCUAUCGUAUUAGUCAAAGCUAGCUGUUGGUAUGAUUACAAUAUUUUACCUCAUUUGCACAUGCAUCCCAUUCAAAUUUCAAGAAACAGACAUUUGUUGAGACAGUUUUAUUGAAUGUGAACUUCACAAAAAAGCUCCAAGUUUAGAGUAUUUCUCCAUGUUGGAUUUUGAUCUGUUGGUGCCUUAAGACAAGUAUUUUUCAUGGUGCAUUUUAUGUUUCCGUUGGUCAGUGAUGCUCUAAGCAGCUUUACGAGGUAGGAAGAAGUUCAGGAUCAAAAUGGAUUUAACAUUUACAUUAUAUUUAUUUGUGGAGGGUGUCUUGGAAGAAUACUUCAAAUACAUGAGUGUCUUUAAUUUGCAUGUUGAAUAUGUUUGAAUGCCUUCUAUGAGUUGUAUUUGGAAAAAGCUGUUUUGUGUUACACAUCCAGGUUAUAAGAAUGCAAUGCAGUAUUUGUUUCCAAGGCAGCAUUCGCCCUACAGUGGUACACUAUCAAUAUGUGGAGAAGUGGACCCAGAAACGGCAGAAUGUAGCCUACAUGACACUGUGCCCAUACUACACAACAUGGCUUAGUUUUUGCACUGCAUCUUAAAGUAAUCGAAACAGGACUGUCUCAUUCCAGUUUAUAUAACAGACUUUCAUACUCAACCACAUUUCAUAACAAUGUAUUGUGCUGUACUGAAAACACUACUUCUGUUUAAUUUAUCGUUCUUGCGCUUAGGGGAGAAACUGCCUUGCUUAAAAAAACAUGUAAAUUAGACUACAUGGCAGGGUUGAAGUCAAUUCUAUUUGUAUUCCAGGCAAUUGAGAAAGUAAAGUAAACCAAAUACCAAUUCUGAAUUUUCCUCAUUUUGAAAAGAACUGGAAUUUCUAUGUACUUCCUGAAUUAAAUGGAAUUGAUCCUAACCGUGCUACAUGGGGAUGUCAACUUCAGCGCUUUGGUUUUUCUCAGUAGGGAGUGCAUGCAGUCUUUGGUGCCAAUAUAAUUUAUUUCAGUUGCAUUUCUGUUUGCAGCCUCAUCUGUUGUAUUUCAGUUGCCUGAAUGUGUAGAGGGUCGAUGAAGGUUGCCUCUCGCUGUUUAUUUUGUUGGUGCUAUUCAGCAGACGCUCAUAAUAAACUCUUCGUAAAGGGUUUAUUGUUUGAGUUGAUGUAUUAGCUGGUUGUUUGUACUAGCUUAGUUCCAGUACACUUCAAAUCAAAGGACAGUAAUGCAGAGCUGUAUAAAGCCAAGUCAAAUAUUUUGUUACUGGUUAAAGCACACACUACUUUUGAUUUACAACACCAUACUCAAUAUUGUACACACUCAAUGUGCUCUUUUUCAGUAAAUGUCAGUCACAGUU